AAGUGAAGAGCGGUUCCUCCGUUUUGCCAGAUUGCGAUUCUGUGCCAAGUUGAGCUACACGUCAGUAGGCAACGUGUACUGGUGACUGGACGUGUGCAGUGCGCGUCAGGCGGUUCCCGGAUGCACUAAACAGAAACAUGGAACGGGUGGUGGUGGAGGUACCGAUCAACAACGGUUAUUCCCUCGCCGGCCCCUCCACAGCCCCACGAAAGCGCCAGGUGCGUUUCUCAGCGCGGCAUGACAUCAUCCUUCUGCGGGAGGUCGUCGGCCAGAACCCCUUUGCCUCCAAAGAGCCAGGACGGAUCUGGGCCCGUGUGGGGGAGAUCAUCACGGCAUCCCUCCAAGAUGAAAACUUUGAGGUGGAUGCCAGGAGGUGUAGGGAGAGGACCAUGCUGCUGCUGGACUACUACAAGAAACAAGACUUCCCCAGUCUGCGCAGAUUUGGAACAGAGAGGUUGUACGCCCAAAAAGAAGAUCUGCUCCAUGAGGUGUUGGAGCUGGAGGCUGAGAAGGGGCUCCUGGCCAGCGGGGAAAGCACAAAGUACCAGGAUGAUGAACUGAGAAAGCGAGCCAUGGAAGAACUAAGUCUACCAGAACAGGACAAACCCAUCAUCACCAUCACACAGACGCCCACGGCAGAACCAGAAGAAGAGCGCGAGGAAAUAGCAGAGCAUUCAGCGGCACCUACAGCCAAGAGGCCCUGCCAGUGCUGCUGCCAGACCUACUCCGAGAUCCUCAGCUUCCUGGAGAAACGCUCAGAGGCGGAGCAACGGCUACGAGAGGAGGAGCUUGCCCUGCGCCGGGAGGAGCUGGAGAUUCAAAGAAGUAAAAUCAGUCUGGAGAGGGAACGUGUGGGAGCUGAGAGAAAAGAGAGGGAACGGAGAUUUGAGCUGGAGAGCCAAGAGAGGCAGGUCAUCUUGGACCUGCUGAAAGAAAAGGUGCUGAAAGGCUGAAAAACUCUAUCACCUGCAUUUUAAUGCCAUCGCUUAAAAGAAGUCAAAGCAUGAAAUACGGGAGGGGGAAAAACAUAGUUGACCGCUUAAAAGAGGAAGGAAACUAAGGAAACAUGAAGUAAAAGGAUCAAUGGUUGUAGGUUGUUACAUGCAGGUCAUUGUAAAAUAACCAAACAGAAAGGAGGGCGGUGAGGUUGGGAGUGUCUGGGUUUAUACUGGCAUAUACUGAAUGUUUGUCUGGUGCACAAAGUAGCAAAAACAGACCUGCAGACAGUGUUGAAAAGCUGCAAUCUUUGCCUAAACCAGCUGCACCGAGCUGACCGGUAUAUCCCAAUAGACACUCCCUGCAUUUAUUCCUCAUAGCAAAGUCUGCAUGAGGAUUUAAUAGUGCUGCCAAUGCUGGAAUGUCACAUAACAAAUGGUAUGCAGACAAGGGUGUGGUGCUGUGUCUUAGGUGUGGUGAUCCCCCGAGCCAAAACUGACAGACAGGAUCGCCGUGUUUUUAUGUUCAUGCUGUAAGGGACACCGUUCCUUUUGUGGUGGCAGGAUGAAAGAAAUCGAUGAACAACUAAGAAAAGCUGUAUAUUCAAGCAGUUCACAUUGAAGUUAUGGUGCAGCUCGAGCUUUUUAAAAGGCCUGUAACCAUAUUAAUGAUUUUACACAUGCUGUAUUCAGCCACUUCUUUUUCAAUUUGAAGACAUUUUGAUUAAAAUAGAAGUAUAUUUUAGUUAGUUGACUGUGAAUCCACUGUGCAUUGACUGGUAAGCGCUUUUGUACUGCAAACAAUACAAGCCAUUAAAUGUGUCUAUGUUCUAUAGAUAUUAGAAACAGCUUUUUUAACUAAUGUCAAUGUCACAUGUUAGGUGUGCUACUGUCCUUUUGCUACAAGAUAUAUAGUCAAAUGUAUGUCCUCAGUUUAAUUUGUUAUACCCAGGUAUAUAACUGUCAAAUAAACAUGGAAUUCAU